GCCACGGCGUGGGUGGGAGGAAGAAGCCACCCUAGCUGUGUGUUGUCCUUGCGACCAGUGGGAAGCGAGUGUCCUCUCGAAAGCCCAGGGGUCCCGCAACCCCUCUUACCAGUGCCAUGGCAGUUCCAGGUUGCAACAAGAACAGUGUCCGAGCACGCUGUAAAAAAUGUGUCUAUCCUGGUCACCUGACUUUUGAAUGCCGCAAUUUUCACCGAGUAGACCCCAGAAGGGACAUAAUUUUGGAUGUCAGCAGCACAAGUAGUGAGGAGAGUGAUGAAGAGAAUGAAGAACUGAAUAAACUGCAAGCAUUACAAGAAAAAAGAAUAAAUGAAGAAGAGGAGAAGAAAAAAGCAAAAAGCAAAGAGAAAAUCAAGUUGCAAAAAAAAAGGAAAAGGUCUUAUUCAUCCAGUUCCACUGAAGAGGACACUUCAAAACAAAAGAAACAAAAAUAUCAGAAGAAAGAAAAGAAAAAAGAGAAAAAGAGUAAGUCAAAAAAGGGGAAGCAUCACAAACAGGACAAAAAGAAGAGAAAAAAGGAAAAGCAUUCCUCUGCCCCUAAUAGUUCUGAAAUCUCCAAAAAGUAACUGAGACUUU